AUGGCGGAGCACAUUAACUUUUAUAAAGAUGAAUUCGGAAGAAAUUUUGUCAAUAUAACUUCUUUAGAUCAUUUUGCUCCGAUUGGAGUGAGUGGUAUUUCCAUUGGAAUUGAAUUUGGUUUCCUGGCAAGUUUCAUUGCUUGUUGUGUGGCAUUGGUUUCUCUCUUGAAUCAUUUAAAAAAGAUUCGAUUGUCAACGAAUGCCAAGAAAUUCUUCAUUCUGAAUUCGGUAUUUAUGAGCAUUCAGAUGGUGAAUAUUGUGGUGAGGAUUGUUUCAGAUUUUGUAGUGAUUGAAUUGAGAAUGAAAAUGGAGGAAGGGUUUCAUAUUACGAAAGCUCUGUAUGUGGUUUAUGCCUUGUUGUCAACUGCAUCUGAUUAUGUUUUGUUGUUGAGUUUUGUAACCUUGUUUGUGAUUAUUAGUUAUGUACAGACUAUAUUUUUGAAUUCUUCAUAUCGGGCGAAAGCUCUUUCAGCCAAGUUGGCCAAUAAUUUAAAGAAGGGAUUGUACGUGAUCACUGGGCUAUUUUCCUUCUCCAUGUUCAUUAUUGUUUCAGUUGUUUCUCUAUUUCAUUUCCUUCACUUGAUGGACAUUUUGCCUCAGACACCAAUUACAAUUUCGAAUAGUGUUAUAUUCGCUGUGGUAUCUUGCAUGUUAGUAUUCAAAGCUGUUUUCACCCUUUGGUCUGGUAUUGUCGUCAUUAAGGCAAUUAAGAGAAAUACUCACAGACUCUCCAUUGCACACAUAGAACCUUUACAACAGAAAGGAUUUGUAAAAAGACAGGUCAAUCCAUUUCUUAUCACUAUUCUACUGAUUAGUGCCAUGGUAUUGAGCGUAUUUCUCCAUAUAGUUGCUGGAGGAGUGGCCACACUUGUUGGUGGAUCAGAAAAUACUGUUGUGAAAAUUGUUUGGCAAGUUUCAACAAGUUUUUCAGUGCUCGUCUGCUCCUCCCUGAGCAUGUCCAUGUUUUAUCCAAUGUUUAUCCAUGCAGAAGAGGCAAUCAAAACAAUGACCUUCUAUAAUAACAAGACCACAACCUUAAAAACAGCUAGGGAAAUUGCAAAUAGCAACACAUUGGCUUCCUCGUUCGCAGACACUUCACCUCAUGACGAGCCACAGGAAUUAAUGAUUAAUGGCCCAAUUAAUGGACAAGAUGCCAUUGUUUGUGUUUCACCAACUUCUCCCUCAGCAGAUGAUCUUGGUCUCUCCUCUCCAUCACUACUAAGCAACCACAAUGAUUCUAUCAAUUCCUCAAUAUAA